AAAGAGUUCGUGUCGAUGGAAAAUCACACAUUGAGCGGAACCAUCACCACAGUUAUCACUGUCUGGGAGCACCAGUCACUGAUCACAGUUAUCACUGUCUGGGAGCACCAGUCACUGAUCACAGUUAUCACUGUCAUCAUGAUACCCAGCAAGUACUCUCUCAUGCUGAUUUUCUUUCUUGGCGUGAGACUGAGCGUGGAGGUGUGUGCCCCAGAUUGCUCAGUUGUGGACCCAGGCAUCAGUGUGAGGGACCCAACUGACUGCACCAGAUACUACGUCUGUCUCAGUAUACACGGUAAUAAGCAAAACUAUCAAUACACUGCGCAACCCAAUCCGCUAUCCUGCUCAAAAUAUGACGUUUGUUUGGCAGAAACUGGACUUUUCUUGGAGUUCGACUGUCCAUCAGAUGCACCGUAUUUUGAUUUCAGAAAGAGCAAGUGCCAGACUGACUCAACUCUCUGCUACGACUACUGUGAUAUGUGCUUGCCACACUGUACCUACGAUGGUCAGCUUCUUAUAGACCCUACGGAUUGUCACCAAUUUUACCUAUGCACACCUCCGACUAUAGCCCUCUUCCUGUGCCCCAACUCUCUGAUAUUCAACAGGUCGACAGGAGAGUGUGAGGCCAACGCUGAGUGUGAGAUCCUGUGUGAAACAGAGAGACAAUAACCUUCUUUCAUUCAGGGAAAUGGAAUCACACUGUUGAAUACCAUCACAGACCCUCUGUUAAACAAGGGGUCACAGACCCUCUGUUAAACAAGGGGUCACAGAGCCUCUGUUAAACAAGGGGUCACAGACCCUCUGUUAAACAAGGGGUCACAGGCCCUCUGCUAAACAAGGGGUCACAGAGCCUCUGUUAAACAAGGGGUCACAGACCCUCUGCUGAACAAGGGGUCACAGACUCUCUGCAAACAAGGGGAUCACAGACCCUCUGCUGAA